AUUGAAGGAGUCAUGAGCUUGUGAUAUGAAGUCGGAUAAGAGAGACGGAUGGAGGGCAUGACGAAAUUAUAAGGGAUACUAUGGCCACAGAACCCUUUCGUCGCGAUACGUUAUCGUGGAUAGAGGCCGACGGGGAAGGAUCAGAAAUGUUUGUCCUUUGAAAAUCGUGGCAUCCCUACAUAAUUAAUUAUUUACUUAGGCUUGGGGAAAAACAACAACACAAAAAUGCACUCUAAAAUAUAAUAACACAGUCACAUUGACACAAGACUUCAUUGUCUACUCUUUUCUGUACGUUUUCGUUUAAAAGCUAAAGUAAUAUUUAUCUAUUUCUUAAGUUCCUGGCAUCGGUUCAAAAGGAAGCAUACCUCAAUUUCGCUUUGGACUCCAAGCAAUUUAUAUCUGAAACCUUAUGUAAAACGUUCAUAAAAUACACCUUAAGUUAAGGAACGGCGUCUGUAAUGUAUAGCUGCUUAUCAUGAUUUACUCGAAGUAUUUGUAAGAAGACAUCUGUGUUCAUAUCUGUAUAAUAUACCGCCGCGAGACAAAGUGACUUGUAUCGUGUACCUUCUUCAUAUCAAAGCAAAGUAAAUACAGGUAAAUAAAUGUGUAAUACUUUUGAAGGUAAUGUCGAACGUAAAUACUUAAUACCGAACCAGUACCUUAACGAAACUCCAAGAUUAAAAUGCUUUAAUUAAUUUAGUUAUUAAAAAGCUUCAUAAAGACCGUCUGGUUGCUUAUGGAUUUACCAAAUGUAUUUGAAUUUAGUUUUUUUUACCUAAAAUGAAGAUUGAAGUCUUAGAAUUCUCGCAUCUACUUUCGUAGAAUAGUUCCCUGAGAACAGGUGACGUGGUUUACGACUUGCAGUCGAGAAGGAAUGUUUAGUGCAAAUUGCGCAGAAGACAUUCAGUUGUGCCCGUGAUAAAUAUAACGUCAAAUGAUACAGACAGAAUAACGAGUUCUUUGAAACGAAUAAAUAGAUUUCACAUCCAAUAAACACGUACGCUCAAAUGUAAGCAUACCAGACAAAAAUUGAAAUACGAUUCAAUAAAUUACACUUUCGCAUAGUUACAUACAGAAUAAAUACUAUUUUACCACUUAGGAGAGAUUGGUUGUACUUCAUACAGCCAAUACGUAUCAGCUUAUUUUACUUUCUAAAUCGUAUUGUGAUUUAUGUAAAGCUGAGUAACUCCACUGCAAUGCGUUAUUUAUCGUUCAUUUCGGAUAUUGAAGAAUGUUUUGAAUUCUUAAAGUUUUGACAACGUUAUUUAAUACGCUCGUCAUGACAAAGACUAAAUGCAAUUAAAACAAAUUAAAGUACAGACAUGAUACUAAGUUUAAGUGGUUCGUAUAAAAUUAUUGGCUACGUGGUUACGAGGCUAUGGGAAACCGGCUUGUUCUUACCCUCACGUAGGCACUACUAAUCGAAGGACAGUGUUUCUGGUACAGCAAUAAUAUUAUUUCCUGGGUUAAUAUUUUUUAUCUUAAAAAUACAUUUCUAAUAACUUUUUACACUUUCUCAUAGAAAAUUCGUUAUUAAAACAAAUACUAAUCAAGGGCCUAAAACAUCGAAAUGUCUUUGAUGUUUACCAAUGUCGACCGCAUUUUUAUUCAAAACGAUCGCUGCUUAUUUCUAUGGAUUCUAAGUAAGCUUUUCCGGAACCAAUACACUGAAAAAUACGAAGUAAGACGUUACAAAUACAAUAUGAGAAGUUUAUGAACACGUAUAUAUUACGGGUAAAGUAAAUUCAAUACGCAACCAAAUGCAUAACAAACAGGUAAGUGGAAAAUACUUAGUCCGUUGUUUUAUUAGGUUUGUCGGGAGCCGGCACGUGGCGCGCAUAGUUCCUCCCUAUGAAGUGAUACUAAUGUGUGCGGUGCAUACAUAAUGUUAUUUGUGUUGUCUGCGAAAUUACUGAAUCUAUGACCCGUCGAGCUAUAUAAAGCCAUUGACGUAAACAACAAAGUGAAAUUGCGAACCGAACGUUAACAACACAAUGGCUUCGUGCAAGUGCAUGUUUGGAAUAGUUUUGUUUAGUGCAGUGGCGAUGAGCGGGGUGGUGCUGGCCCAGCCUAGCAUGUUGCCGCCGAACAUCACUACCUGCGAACAAUUCGAACGAGGAGCCCGCUUCAACCCAUAUGCGGUAGUCGACGCCAUGUGGAAAAUAUUCUACUUCUGGUCAAAUACUACGGAGGUGUAUCCAAUCAUAUUCUCCUUAGCUGCAAAAAAAAGGGUGCAGAAAUUUCGAGAUGUAUUUGAGGCGGUCAGUCCUGGUGAGGAGAUAGAGUGGCACAAGGCGACGCUGGUGAUGGAGCCGCGGCCGGGCAUCGAGGUGAUGUUCCUGUACGCCGGCACUCCGGGCGCCUUCCGUGCCAUUAUCAAACAUGAACGGCGUACUAAAGAGCGGCCUCACCCGUUACCGCUGAUAAAGUUUGCAGAUGUGAGGAUGAAGCUUGUCUCCCGGUUCAUGGGCAUGAUGUGCUGCGAGGACCUCACGGCCUUCGCACUAGUGAGGGUCGACGAGGUCCCGAAGACGGAGGAACUCUGUGUGCUGGCGGCCUCCACGAUAGGGUACCAAGGUUACCCAGGACGCUCCUACAUAUCCAUCAUGAACACUGAAAAGGAAAAGGAACUUUAACGUUUUGACGGUAAUGGUCUGUGUAACUUUGUAUUUAUGUACAUUUUGGGCUUGUUUUUAGAAAUACAGUUGUUGUAUCACCUAUAAGACUUUCUUUUAGUAGAAUUUGGUGAAUCGAGGGAAUUGAACCAUAAGCGUAGCAUAUCGAACAUAACGUUGAGAAAGA